AUGCGCUCACUGAAUCUCAACCUUUUGCAACUGCGGAUGCCAAGACUCAAGAAGCAUGGCAAUAUGCCAAUAAGCAGCAAAGAAGCCAAGGCUAUUUGGGAAGCCUUGGUAACAAAGUUUACUGUCGAAGAUGCAACCAAGCAAAAAUUCAUCAUAGGAAAAUACAAUCAAUGGCAAAUGACUGAUGACAAGGAGAUGAAAAUUCAAAUCACUGAAUAUCAAAUGCUGCUAGAGGACUUGAAAAAUGAAGACAUCAAUCUUCCUGAGAAAUUCGCUGCAGGCAUGCUGAUUGAAAAGCUACCUGAGUCAUGGGCUGACUAUAAAAAUAACUUGAAACACAAGGAGAAAAAUUAUACCAUGGCUGAGCUCGUGAAGCACAUCCUCAUUGAGGAUUCAAACAAAAGGGAGUCAAGAGCUACCAAGGCAAAGGAGAUGGCUUUCAAAGCCAAUCUCGUACAAAGCAAUAAUAAAAGACUUAAUAAAGGUGACAGAGCAAAUGGUAAUCCUCCUAAGGUGCACUUAACCGAAGGAGAUGAUAUAAUUGCUGCUAUCAUCUCUCAAGUGAACAUUAUAGCCAAUGUCAAAGAGUGGGUGGUAGACUCUGGGGCUACUCGGCACAUAUGUGCAAAUCGAGAAGCAUUUUCCUCCUAUACUCCUAUAGGGGAUGAUGAAGAAGUGGUCUACCUUGGUGACUCACGAACGGCUAAUGUUCUGGAUAAGGGCAAAGUAUUCUUGAAACUCACUUCAGGAAAAACUUUGACUCUCAAUGAUGUGCUGCAUGUGCCCAACAUUCGGGCAAAUCUGGUUUUCGUAGCAUUGCUAGGAAAAGUUGGAGUGAAAGUGUUAUUCAAAUCUGGAAAGAUUAUAAUAACUAAAAAUAAUGUAUUUGUAGGCAAGGGCUACUGUAAUCAGGGACUUUUUGUACUUAACAUUUCCAAUGUGAUAAAUGAGAAUGCUUCUUCUUCUGCUUAUAUUGUUGACUCGAUUUCUUUAUAG